AUGAAUGAAAAACAAAUCAUUGUUAGAUUACCAGCUUAUGUUAGCGAAGAAGAUAUUAUAAAUUUUUAUUGCACGUUGAAAUUAAUGUAUACAAAAAAAUGGGAUUUUGAAUUAGCAGAUAAUUUAGCAAAAGGUGUCGGAUGUUUGUCAGUUUGCUGUGAAAUUGGAUUUCAUGAAGGAAUUGAAGCUUGCUGGAAAUGGUUGGUUAGAAAAUGUAAUCGCGAUAAAAACAGCGAGAUGAUGAAACUAUUAAUAGAAACUUAUCCAAAUUUGCAUGAACAAUUUACUCAUCAAGUUGAAAGAGAUGGUUAUUCUUCUGACUCAAAGUUAUCAAGAAACACAAGCAAAAGAAGAUCACGACGCAAUAACUGGUCAAAACAUCUAUGUCAAAGAACGGAUUCUUAUGAUAGCGAUCCUUCAAAUAAUG